AUGGUGUUUAUUGACCUAGAGAAGGCAUAUGACAAGGUCACUAGGGACGUCCUUUGGAGGUGUCUGGAGGUGAAAGGUGUGCCGGUGGCUUACAUUAGGGCAAUAAAGGAUAUGUAUGAUGGAGCUAUGACUUGGGUUAGGAGUGUUGGAGUUCUAAUUGAUGAGAUGCGAGGCGGUGUUAAUGGGAGACUGGAGGUAUGGAGGCAGGCUCUAGAGUCUAAAGGAUUCAUGUUGAGUAGGACUAAUACAGAUUAUGUGGAAUGUAAGUUCAACGACAUGACGGGGGAAGAGGAUGUGGAAGUCAGGCUUGACUCACAGGGAGAUGGGGAGAUCGACGGGAAUGUUACGCACCGUACUGGAGUCGAGUGGAUGAAAUGGAGGUUAGCGAUUGAAGUCCUGUGUGUCAAGAAUGUGCCACCAAAACUCAAAGGGGCAGCACCUGUUGACCCACCAGUUGCCCCGGCACAGGAUCAGGCUCCAGCUGUAGAGAUUCUAGCAGCACAUGCUCAGGCACCAGCUGCAGUUUCAGCUACCACUGUAGCAGUUACUUCACAGGUAGGGGGAGGCAGUCAGACCCUCACUGCUCGCACACCUGAUCCGGUUGCCCCAGUUCAGCCGGUUGCCCCGGUUCAGGAGGUUAUGGUCCCAGUUAUGCCAGACGAUGAGCAGCGUCGUCUUGAGAGAUUCAGCAGACUUGCACCUCCUCCUUUCAGUGGUGCUCAGGGUGAGGAUGCCCAAGCCUUCACUUGGUGGGAGGAAUAUGAGCAGCGUAGGCCAGUAGGUUCAGUGCCCUUGUCAUGGCAGGAGUUCUCCACUCUCUUUCUGGAGAAGUGGGUACCGCGAUCUUAG